AUGGAAAUUUUGAAAGAAACGGUGAAAUCAGCCGAUUCACCCUUAGAAAUUUGGAGGAGUAAACUUCGGAAACAAAGAGAAGGAGCGCGUAUUCUCGCCUUAUCUGAAUACUCUGGUUUUAAGUUGUCAGCGUAUGACUGUUAUCAAAUUCAUGAAGACAGAACGGAGGUACUUGCCGAUUUGGAUUUGCUAGAGAAACUUGUCACUCUAUUGGAACUCGAUGUUGCUCAAGGCAUGAGAAAUCAUUUUAGAUGUCAGAUUGCAAUCGCUUACGCUCUUAAGAAAAUAGGCAUGCUGCUCCGCUAUCUUGACGGUAUCUUAAAGGGACAAGGUACAAUCUCUCCAGAUGCUGACUUCCGGGCUUGGAUUAUGGAGAAGCUAAAUAUCGAGGAUUGGGAAGAUUACCUUCAUUUUGCCAAUGCUCGAGAAGGAGAUGUGCUGUUUACAGCAGCUGCCAAAGGGGUUGAGCUCGAGAAACAAAUAAUUACUCCCGAAACAAUCAGGGUUCAAGAUGAAGAUGGAUUUAAAAGCCGGCUCGAGGUGUAUCAUAAAGUACUAAAGGCUGCUCAUAACAUGCCGCUUAAAAAUAUAGAUUGUAUCGGUGGUGGUCAGACCGCGUGUAGUCUUAUUAAGGGAAUUACGCCCAAACUGAGAUAUAGACAUCUGGUGAACCCUAACGGCAACAUCAAGGAGGAAAACGAGAUGGUGAUCAUCAGACUAUGACCCGAGAAGUCAGUAGUGCCAAGCGGGCACGAGGAACCUCUGACUUGGACAUGACUACUAUGAAAAAGAAGAAAGGAGGAGCUGUAGCAAGUGACGGAUAAGUAUGAAUCUUGUUCCGUAUAUCUCAAUGACAGCCUGGCUUAAAAACAUUACCAGUUUGAUCAUUUUACUUGCCUCCUGUCCCACUGAAAUGGUCAUUCAAGUUCAGUUCUGCUGCAAGUUAUGGGUGGAAACAUCAACAACAACAACCAAGCCUUUAUUCCCAAAAAAGUCCCAUGUCAAAGUAGCUCUAUAAGUUUCAUUUCAUAAGAGAGUGGCUAAAAUUCAGUUGUUGCCUCGCCACGCCUAUCACAAUCUAUCACUGUAUUAGAUGUCGCUCUCUUUCUUUUACUAAAAUGUACGAACAAGUAAUGUUUACUGCUUGCUGAGCUGGUGACAAAUAGAUGAACAAGCAAAGUUUAGUGCUGCUGAAUGUAAAUGAUUGUAGGCUACACAGAGUUUUUAUGUCUCUACACAGCAAAGUUUUUAUCCCAGUAUGGAGAAUGCGUUGGCAGCUUCAAUCCUUCCUGCACUCGCGAGAAAUUUGGAUUGCUGGGCAAGUGAGUGAAUCUCCAACUUUCUGUUCGAGGCCCACUUUACAUAUCUUGAAAUCUUAAAUGCAUUUUUUCCCUCUACGGCA